CCAAAGUGAUAUUUAAGCAUGUUCACUUCCUUCUUUUCCUCUCGGUCACGAGGCUCCUGGAUUCCACCUAUCGACAUUAUCGACCAGGAUAAAAAGUUCACAAUGAUCAUGGACCUACCUGAAGUUAAGAAGGAGGACUUGAAGGUCUACACAGAGAAGGGUAAUGUUGUUUGUAUAUCUGGCAAUCGACUUCGAAGCAAAACGGAGGAAGAUCGAAGGGACCUUCUUAUUGUUGCUGAGCGUGGUUAUGGGCGAUUCGAGCGUUGCUUCGAACUUCCCACUUCCAUUGACGAUUCAUCAGUAAAGGCUUCGUUUAGGAAUCAAACACUGAGAGUUGAUGUUCCGAAAGAGUCGAAUAAAGACGUAAAUUCUUCUUCCUCCAUCAGUAUUGAAUAAAAUUGAUCGCAGCGAUUGAAUUGUCAAGACGGUGGCAACAUGAAAUAUAUGAAUUCUUGAAAAAUAUGCAUAAUAUAUAACGGGAAAUACACUAUUAUUUUGAUUUGUGGUGAAGCUGCAAGUACAAUAUUUGACUUUAUUAGGAUUUCCCAUGACAUUGGCUGGUGGAGCAGUUGAUACUCAAGGGAUGAACAUAUUUUUAUAGGAUUAAUUUUAUCUACUUAUUCUUAAAUUAUUCCAUUAUAAAUUACCUUUUUUACGUUAGCUU